CGCACGGAGCGGCGGAGAGCUACCUCCCGCCUGGGGGGCAGGAACACCGUAGCUGCCCCGUGCCCAAACCCAAGUGGCACAGGCAUGGAUGGGAAGAAAUGCAGUGUGUGGAUGUUUCUACCUCUGGUUUUUACUUUGUUUACUUCAGCUGGGCUGUGGAUAGUGUACUUUAUAGCUGUGGAAGAUGACAAAAUUUUACCAUUAAAUUCAGCUGAAAGGAAGCCUGGUGUGAAGCAUCCUCCGUACAUAAGUAUUGCAGGUGAUGACCCUCCUGCUAGCUGUGUGUUCAGUCAAGUCAUGAACAUGGCGGCCUUCCUAGCCCUUGUGGUGGCUGUUCUACGCUUCAUACAACUGAAACCAAAGGUUUUAAACCCGUGGCUGAAUAUUAGUGGAUUGGUGGCACUGUGUCUGGCUUCCUUUGGAAUGACCUUACUUGGUAAUUUUCAGCUCACGAAUGAUGAAGAAAUCCAUAAUGUGGGAACCUCCUUGACCUUUGGGUUUGGCACAUUGACCUGCUGGAUCCAGGCUGCACUGACACUCAAAGUCAACAUCAAGAAUGAAGGACGGAAAGCUGGGAUUCCACGAGUUAUCCUCUCAGCAUCUAUCACUCUCUGUGUAGUCCUCUACUUCAUCCUCAUGGCCCAGGAUAUCCACAUGUAUGCCGCCAGGGUCCAGUGGGGCCUGGUCAUGUGCUUCCUGUCUUACUUUGGCACCUUUGCUGUGGAGUUCCGGCACUACCGUUAUGAGAUUGUAUGUUCUGAGUACCAGGAGAAUUUCCUCAGUUUCUCGGAAAGUCUCUCGGAAGCUUCUGAAUAUCAAACCGACCAGGUGUAACUCAUCAAUUUUUCCUUACACGUGUGGUGGGUGUGACAAUGGGAAAGGACCCAGGACACACGCAAAGGACUUGACACAUAACUUCAUCACACACACACACACACACACACACACACACACACACACACACACACACACACACACACUCAUGGCCACAUCUGCCAAGAGCUUUUCAGGGCGUGUUCUUUCUUUCAAAAGCACAAGCCCUAAUGUGUCCAAAUACAUGCUGUUACACUGAAGAUACAUGCACGACAGAGACAGGAGCUUGUGCAUGAACAUGUCUCUGCCUUGCCCUUCCCAGUAUGCCUUGCUCUUCCCAUCCUCUCCAUGUUUUUACACAUGACCAUCUCCCUGCCACAGAGUAGGGCAGGCCAGAUGAGAAUCAUGCCAACUCCCUAAGUUGCCUUCAGGUCCAAAGACCUUGGAAUUUAACUGGUGAGGAAGUUGAGUGCAUCCAGCACUGAUAUUCUUGAAUGCAGAAUCAAGUACCAUCUGAUUGGAUGGAUGCUGGAAGGAGCCAUGACGCAGUAUGGCCCAUGAAAAGGAAUGGGUGGAGCUUUCUCCGAGGCUCCAUUCAUCUCCAUUCAGUGAUGGUUAUGUGCAUCCAAAGGCAAGAACUUGCUUCAAAGCCAGCGAGGGAAGCCCGUCACCACGAUGUGGACUCCAGGCACUGUGCCUGAGAAAGCGCUCUGCAAAUGAAUAUUCACAGGGACAGGCCAAGCAUGGCACCAAGAAGGAGCAGGGAGAGCGUGGCUUUGUUUCAGCUUCCACAGUAUAUCAUGUACAGUUUUUGUUUUAUGUUUGAAAGUUUACCUUUUUUUUUUUUUAAAGCAACUAUCACGUCUCUCUAGACCUCAUGGACAAAGAUGUUGUAGACCAAAGGCAAGAUACGCUUUGUUUGGGGCUCAAGUUUGAAAAAGAACAAGGAGGGGAGGGGGUUGUGUUUGAAGCUU